AUGCAGCUCUCUACGACCGACUUUCGGGUCUUCAACUUCUACAUGUUGAUAAAAUGGCUGACAACCGUGAUCAUUCGCACAUUCUUCAUGAAGGUGACGGUCAUAAACGAGGAGCGGCUCCCACUGUUCGGCCCCGUUAUCCUGGUAGGCAACCACAACAACCAGUUCAUCGACGCCGCCACGCUGAUUUACGCGGUGCCGCGGCAGAUUAGUUUUUUGGUUGCGAUGAAAUCCCUGGGACGACGUGUGAUUGGAUCUCUGGCCCGUUUAGCCGGCUGCAUCCCCGUCCACCGUCAGGAGGACCUGAAGUACAUGGGCAUUGGGAAGAUCCAUUGGAAGCACAACGACACCAUGAUCCGUGGCAUGGAUACCCAGUUCACCAUGGACCUGAAUGUUGGCGACAAGCUCUACUUCAUCGACCAGAAGCUGAGCAUCGAGGCCGUGCACUCCGACACCGAGCUGACCCUGCAACGCCCCAUUUCACGGCCUUGCAAGGACGAGGAGAACGGCGAAGAUUUUUGGAUAUUGCCGAAGGUUGACCUUUCGGACACCUACGAGGCUGUCUCCACUGCUCUGAGGUUUGGAAACUCCAUCGCAAUUUUCCCUGAGGGCGGCUCGCACGACCGCACCAACCUGCUGCCCUUGAAGCCCGGUGUGGUAUUGAUGGCCAUAUUCUCCCUACUCGAGGGCGCGGAAGACGUCGUCAUCCUGCCGGUCGGCCUCGCUUACGGUGACAGCCACGGCAUCCAGUCCAACGCCACCGUCUACUACGGCACCGGUAUCACCAUCUCGAAGCGUGACGUCGAGGAGUUCCAGGUAGACCGCUACACCGUCGUGAAUCGCAUUUUGGGCGUGAUUGAAAAGGGCUUGAACGACUGCAUGAUCACGGCACCCAACAAGAACAUCAAGGGAUGGAUCGACUUGUGCGGCAGUUUGUACCCUCCCGAGCGCAGCCUUAUCCCCACGAACAAGAAGUUCGAGUUGCGCAAGAUCCUGUCUACCAUCUUCUGGCGUCACGGCGAGGACGCGAACACUAUCGCACUGAUCGCGCAACUGGCCAGGUACAAGGCGAUGCUGAAGAGCAGCUUCCUGCACGACGACGAGGUGUGGCUGCUCAGGCAGUCCAUGCACUCCGCGACGCUGCUGUUUUUGGAGCAGCUGCUGAUGUUCGGUUGCUACAGCAUCCUCGGGCUGUCAUGCUUCCUUCUGUGGUUCCCGCUGUACGUCAUAUCGUGGGUGUUGGCCGAGAACCACCGCAAGCAGGCUCUCAAAAACUCCGUGGUGAAGCUUGAGGGCGCCGACGUGGUGGCGAGUUACAAGAUUCUGGUGCUCAUGGUGAUCACGCCACUGUUCAACCUGUUCUACGGUCUGAUGCUGGGCCUGUACCUCAGCCGCAACCCCAAGGAGAUUGCCAUCACGGUCGGCUGCUGCAUGGCGAUUCUGCCGAUACUGUACUACAUCAACCUCCGUUACUUCAACGAGCUGCCGCUUCUGCUGCGCCAGCUUCGCGUCUUCUACGUGAUCCUGAUGGGCAAGAUCAACGUCUGGCGCGAAAACGAGCGUGAGCUCAUCACCACGCGGGCGGAACUCCAAUUACUGGUGCGAGAAUUUGUGCACGAAGUCGGACCCAAGGUGUCCGACACCUUCAUGGACGAGCUGAACGCCAUCAUGCCUAAGGUUAUGAUAGAUGCCGACACGAGCAGGCUCAGGAGGAGCAAAAGCGACUGGGUGCCAAUUUUCGCCCGGACGUACUAUUCGGAUUCCAACGAGGAGAUCCUUUGA